UAGCCAUCAUGCGCACCACUGGAACUAGUAACUGCGAAAGUCGGAUUAUUGGUACUCUGGGAGGAUGGAGAUUAGUGGAAAGCGUCCCAAAGAGCCGUACCUUCAUUCAAGUUGUUACCUGUCUUGUUUCUCUUGUGCUGUUUGGUGUUUUUCGUAUUCUACCUGUUGAUGACAACUCAAAUUGGUACCCGUCUGUGUUCAUUGAUAAGUACUUUGCCAAGCAAAAGGGGGAAAUAGAUAUGGUCAAACUAGUUAUCAAGAAAAGUGGGUUGGAUGUUUGAAUAGCUGAAAGCAUUGGAAGGAGAGGAGGCGAAGGAUUGACUGACCUCGGCUGGAGUGAAAAUCUCAACAUAUUAUCACCAGAUCGGAGAUAACAAUAACAAUCCUUACGUAUGUCGGCACUCCCAGUGUUACCUCCGUUGUAG